AUGAUAUAUACAUUGUGUGAUAUGGCACAGUUGAGUGGUGUCUGGAGUGCGUGUCCAUUCCUGAAACAGGUUCCACCGGCUACCAAGCUCCUGACCAUCACCACUGUGUCAGUAUUUAUUCUGUCACGACUGGGAUUCCUCAGCCCAUACUUCCCCUACAAUCAAUGGAGCACAUUGUUUCAGACCUGGGAGCUCUGGCGUCCCUUCACAGCCCUCAUCGCUAUACAGGGCAGUGCUAUUCCCGCCUUCUACACGGCGUACCAAAUGUACAGCUACUCCAAUGACCUCGAGGCCAACCACUACGGAGGGAUCACAGCCAAGUACGCGUGGUGGCUCACCUUUAUCUCUCUAUUCAUCUGGAUCGGAGACUAUCUGCUCAUCAACUCGCCCUUCUACACCCGUGCCUUCAUGAUGGCACUCACCUAUGCUUGGGUCCAGGAUCACAAGUAUAACCAGGUGUCGUUCUACUUUGUCAGCUUCUCGGCCAAGUUCCUGCUCCCUGUCAACCUUUUCAUCUCCCUGCUCGACGACCCUUCCGAUCUCUACCCUUGCAUUCUUGGCAUUGUGGCUGCCCACACUUUCUACUUUCUCGACACCAUCUACCCCUCCGUGUACCCUACUUACGGCAAGUUCCGAAUUGUCGAACCCCCCCAGUUCUACUACACUCUUCUGGGGACUGAAUCGUCGGCAUACACUUCCAACAUGGGCACCGGCUCGCAGGCUCCUACCAACCCUGCUGGUGCUUCCAAUGCCUGGGGGUUGGGCGGUGGCCCUGUCGGCGGAGCCGCUGCAGAUGGUGCUACUACUACUGGUGCUUCUGUCAGAAGUGAGGGCUCCGGUAGUUUCUCUGGUCGUGGCCAGCGACUUGGUACAUAA